CUCCAAAAAAAGGCCACACAACCCCUCGAAUCAUGCGAAUCGUCAUAAGCUCGUUACACAAAAACGUCCAAGUUUCCUAUCUUGCCACCGUACCGGUACCGUCGCCAUGUUAUCUUCUCCUAGCCGCCCGAAACUUCGACGCUCCGUGAGAGAUAUUAUGGAGACAGGAAUCAACAUCUAUGAUGAUGACUUGGACUCGGUGUGCUCAAUCUUGGACAAACGAGAGGAAUCCGGGUUUUUGCAAGAACGUUCCGGUAGCAACGAGAUCUUGUCGAGAUGUCUUCGAGUUCUAUACUUGUUUUUCUCGACCAUGUUUCUUGCGGGAAGCACAAUCGUGUGCGUUUGGUUUCUUACGUACUGGGUCAAAGCGAGCGUCAAGGAUGAAACCUGUCCUGUUCAAGAGUGGCCUUAUCCCGACUGCAGCCGCCAGUUGACUCAUAAACAGGGCAACGAGAUUCCACCCAUGUACACACCAGAACACUGGAAUGAAGUCCGCCGAAAGUAUCACGAAUCUGUCCCUGCCAGCCGUUCCAGUCUCGGAAAAGAAUGGCAAAACCUAUACAAAAUGUCUCCCGAAAGAGAUGGAAUUGUGGUCACGGAACACAACAACGGCUUCGUGGCACCUGUGGAUUUCAAGUACUCUCCCGGAAGAGGUCGAGGCGUGUAUGCCAAUGCUGUCAUUAAAAAGGGGCAAAAGAUCUGGGACAACCGAUAUCGUGGUGUCUUUGACUCGGAUUGUUCUGCCAAGGUCUUCUUGAACAAACUCACCGAGGAAGAACGGUGCAAUGCUAUCUUUUGGGGAUACUCGAAUAACUUCCAAGGAAAGGGAUUCAAGUACAUGAUGGACCUGGAUGGUCAUGCCUACUUCAACCACUGUUCCUAUAACGAAAAGAGUCGGAAUUCGGAGCACCACUACGAAGACGAGCUGGAACGUCGUGACUAUGGUUUGCCGCAUUUCUUUUCCUUCUCCUUGCUCCAUUCCACGGACCAGGCUACCCUGCAAAGACGAAACACUAUUGGCUCACAUGGCCUUUAUGCAACGCGGGACAUCCCGGCGGGAGAAGAGAUUUGCUUUGACUACCAUGACAUUCAUCGCAAUGUGAUUUUUGACACGUACAGUUUCCUCUUCGCACACGCCCUUGACAUUCACCAAUGGUUUACUUUGUAAAGGAGACACCCCCUCUUCCUACUUCAUUUUGACGUUCAACUACCGUAGGAUGGGAACACAAACAAACAGUGCAGGCAAGUACAUGGCUUCCCUCCACACACAACCUGAUCAAACUUUAUAUAUGUACAACUUGUUGGUAUUAUGUAGUGUAGUUCCUGGAUUUUAAUCAUCUAUAAAACAUAUUCAUAAUGUGUG